AUGAAGAUCACGAUCAAGCGGAUCCAUGGCGUCGCGACGUGGUCCUGGGGCGUCGACGAAGAGUGCUGUGGCAUCUGCCGCUGCGCCUUUGAGGCCUGCUGCCCCGACUGCUCGGCGCCGGGCGACGCCUGCCCGCCAGUGUGGGGCAACUGCAACCAUGCGUUCCACAUGCACUGCCUCGUCAAGUGGCUCGAGUCGCUCCAGUCGGCGCGCCAGCACUGCCCCAUGUGUCGUCAAGAGUGGAAGUUCCGCGAAGGGUAG